AUGCUCCAGGUAUUCGCUCAAGAGCUCGACCCGGUUGUUGACUCUUUCGAAUGUAACUACAUUGGAAAUGUUGGAAGAGGUGGUCGCCGCCGCCAGGCUUCAUUGUGGUCGCAGUUCCUGCGUACCGUUGCCGUCCUCAGAACCAACAAUUCCGUGGAGGGAUGGGACAAUGUCUUCAGCGGCUCCGUGAACAACGUCCAUCCUUCGGUGCGAGACCUGGCUCUGAAGCUUCAGCGAGAAGAAGCUUCUAUAGCUGCUCUAUCGGAGCGCCUUGGGGUUGGGUAUCAUCUUCAAAUGCCCCAGAAUAAAUAUCGCCUACUGAACGCCAGAGUGAAUAUUCUCCUUUCUCGGACAACCCGUAAGGCUCGUGCUGGAGGAAGGCCAAGCAGGCUGACAGCAGACCAAGAACAAGCCAUUGUGGCGACGGUUCGCAAAAGGAAUGACUUGCGACUUUCGGAAAUUCAACAAAUGAUCGCUGACGAUGAGGAAACCUUCUCAGGGUCAAAGUUCACAAGUCCACAAGAGAACAUGGCACUCCCGGAGAGCACAUUGGCUGUGCUCACUCUCCUUCGGGAAAAAAAAACUUCUGUUCAGAGUGCCAUCAACUCAACCACAAACGUGCUUGAGAGGAGAAGCAAAAGAACUCAGAAAGAGAGCAUGACAGCAUUGUUUAUCCCUAAAUUGCCUGGACUUAUCAAGAAGUUUCUCAUGGAAGGUGAAGUGAUCAAGGACCUUCUCUACAUAAUGGAGGCCUUUGAUUCCCGUGCAUUAGUCUUCUCAUCAAAAGGAAAAGAUCUGGAUGCCAUAACUGAGGUUUUUGCACUUGUUCUCCGUUCCUGUCGCGAGGAGGAAACACUGAAUCAGUGCAUUUCUACAAUGAGCUCCUACAUGUCAAGACCAAAUCUCACUGCAGCUUUAAAGCGGAACCUUGAGCUUAUUCUCUCUGAAAAUAUGCAGACUUUAACCUCCAGCAUGAUUCAAGUCAUGCAUCUUCCUGAAGAUCAAACAGCUUCCAAUAGCACCUUUGAGGCCCUGGGUCUAUCCUUGUCACUCUUGGUGAAGCUUUGUCAUCAGAUGGAUCUUGAUCUUAUAUCUCGUGAAAUUUUUCCAAAGCUCCUGAAGCUCCUGCAAACUUCCAAUCUGCCUGAUGAUAUAUUGAAGAAUGCCCUCCUUUGCUGUCAAGCAGAAGUGAUGUGGUCCUACAAGAGGAGUGAAGCAGACAAGCAGGAUGCAUCACUUGCCAUGGAGAGGAACUGGUACCCAUUGUUUGACAUUUGCCUGAAGCUAUUAGAAAGACAGUGCAGCUUCAGUGUUGGAAUUGCAACAUUUCUGGUCAUGAGUGAUCUCUCCAUGCUGUCUUCCUUGCUUCCUCAACCUCGCAGAGACUCGUCAAAGUGGACUGUCAAUGUGCCUGCACACAUCUUUGCCAUACUUCAUCAGAUGGCAUUAGAAGCUAUGGAGGAACUUGCAGCAGAGAAUGGGAAGCUUUGAUUGAAGAAGUCAGAGGUUGAUUUCAAGAUAAUUGUGAGUUAUUUCAUGGGGAUUUCAUCUGGAUACUUUCCUAUGAAUCAUGUAGCAGACCUCCUGUGCUACUAUCCAACUGUGGGGCAUCGCAUGCAAGCAUUGAUCGAUACCUUCCUUGGCAAAAUCAAGGAUAUGGGAAUGAAGGUCUACUUGGAUGUUGUCUUGCAGACAUUGGUCAACUCAUUCCUAUGCAAUGAACUGGAUUUGACUUUGACUUUUGCUGAAAAUUUGAGCCACUCAUUCAUGAACUUGGAGCAUGUGACUCUGACAGCAUUUCAUCUCUAUGGGAUCAGAUUUGCCCAUGCUGAGGAACGACCUGAGUUCCUGAGAAUUUUACAAGAAUUUUCUCCACUGCUUCUUCAAAGAGAUGCACAUCAUGUGCGGACAGAAUUGGAUAAGUUAUAUGGUCGACUGGAGAAGAGGAGAAAUGAUUUCCUCAGAAGUUACAGAGAAAGUCUGUCAACUGUUCCUGCAAAAAAUGGGUCAAAGAGAAAGCUCAGUGAAAAGAAUGAUGGUCCUAGUAAUAAACAUCAAUCAGAUGUACAUGGUAAACCUGGUACAGAUCAUGAGCAUCUCCAACAGCGCCUAAGCAGGUAAUAUGAUUGAGGAAGGGAUUCACAUUCUGCAUUCAUGUAUGAAUCAUAACAUAAGUUUCAGCAAAACUCUUCAAGUUAUUUUUGAAAGUGGCAGAAACAUUGUCACAGGGUGAGUAUAAAGUCACUUGGUUUAAGGGACUUUGACAUGAAAAUUAUGAAAACUUUCACAGUUUAGUGAAAUUUUUGUAAUAGUGUAAGAACACCAGGAGAAAUUGAUGCACAAAAAAGACACUGCCUUGCUGAUGUGUCAUUUGUUUACACAGUAGGUGCAGCUAUAGAUGGGCAUUUACAAGG